CCUCCAAGCAGGCUGGUGGGAGAGGAGAGGCAGCAGACAGAGAGACCGCCAGCUUGGUCUGUCUCCGCUGGCAUCUCUGCUAGCAUCUGCUGAGCCAUGAGCCAAAGCAGGGAUUUACAGGGAGGAAAAGCCUUCGGGCUGCUGAAGGCCCAGCAGGAAGAGAGACUGGAUGAAAUCAACAAGCAAUUCCUGGAUGAUCCCAAAUAUAGCAGUGAUGAGGAUCUGCCCUCCAAACUGGAAGCCUUCAAGAAGAAAUACAUGGAGUUUGACAUGAAUGGAAAUGGAGAUAUUGAUAUCAUGUCCCUGAAGCGAAUGCUGGAGAAACUUGGAGUCCCCAAGACACACCUGGAGCUAAAGAAAUUAAUCAAGGAAGUGUCCAGUGGCUCUGGGGAGACCUUUAGCUACUCUGACUUUGUCAGGAUGAUGCUGGGCAAGAGAUCUGCCAUCCUAAAAAUGAUCCUGAUGUACGAGGAGAAAGCGAGAGAACAGGAGAAGCCAACCAGUCCCCCAGCCAAGAAAGCUAUCUCUGAGUUGCCCUGAUUUGUGGUGGGGGAGAUGUGGUGGGAUUGAAGAGGUUUCUAAUGACUUCCAACAUGGAAAAGGAACAGAAAAUUGUGAGCAAGAGUCAAACUAAACUAAAUAAAUUAUUCUCCUGCUCCA